GAGAGCCCUGAGCGCAAGAAUCAGCAGCAGCAGAGCAGACCACGGAAAGAUAAACCCAAAGAACCCCCUGAAAUUUAGACUUGCCAAUCCCGACGUUGUUGGUGGAUACAGGUUACUUUUGCGUUGAAGAUAGAGCAAUAAGUUGGCCUUAGUCAUGGACUCCAGGGCGGUAUUUGUCGCUGUAGUUUUGCUUUUGGUUGGCGCAUUUGCCGCGGCGGACUCAGAUUGUUCUAAUCUCGAUGAUUGUGAAACAUGUGGAACUAAUAUGGACUGCCAAUGGGCUAAUUGCUCAUCAACAAUUGGCUGUGUCAACAAGACCGUGGCUGAAGAAAACUGUUCCAAUGCUACCUGCUCAGCUGUUGACCCAGAUCCAUCCAUUACCCCCACGACUACCCACAAGACCCCUGCUCCUCCUCCUCCCUCUACGACCACAGUGUUUACCACUGUCACCACUCAUAAUGCAACAGAAAAUUCCACUGCUACUGUUACUCCUUCUGUUACUCCAAGUAAUAGCACCAAUACCACGUCUACUACUACAACUACAGCUCCCUCUAAUGCAACUACAAGUCUCAUUCCGACUGCCGAGCCCCAUCAUAACACGUUUGACGCUGCAAGUUUCAUUGGUGGAAUAGUCCUGGUCCUGGGUAUUCAAGCUGUCAUUUUUCUCUACAAGUUUUGCAAAUCAAAGGACCGCAACUACCAUACCCUUUGAGGCCUUUAUUCUUUGCACUUUUUCCCUCCAACUUAGAGCCACUCGUAGAAGAAAACAUAAUGGACUCAAACAGUCUUUUCAAGCAAGUUAUUUAGCAUUUUCACAGGUCAUUUUAGUGCUGCUGCUGCAUGCAUGAUAUUUAUUUGCACAGUUGAGGAGCUUGAAACAUUAUUGAAUACGUCAUCUUGUCGGUACACAUCAAUCAUAGCAUUAGUCAUUCUUGCAUAUUAAACGGGAGUCGGGUUUUCAAAAAUAGCAUUAGCUGUUAAACAAUUACAGGUUCAAGGGGAGCUGUUCUGCUUAGUAGAGGUGUAGUUACAAUGGUGUACUAUUUUUGCUUAUCAAUUUUCAAUUUGGAAAUGCUGUUUGAGUUCAAAGUUACCCUUUAGCAAGUAUACUGAUUCUGUGUUGCUUUUAGACUAUAUUACAAUUGGUCAAACUUGAAAAGUCCCUGAAAAAAAUGAAGGAUUUCUUAAAAGCAGCACCUAAUCAUUUCAUGUUGGAGUUUAGGGUCCACUGCAGUGAGUGUCUCCCUUGAUGUUUAGCCGUUUGGGUUUGUCCAUUCAGCAAAUGCUAGUUGUUUAUAAAUGCCAAACAACUGACCAACUGCAGUGCAAUAAGCCACACAUUCAGAUCAUGAUCCAUAAACCCAACAUUUUUAUCUGGCUACAGUUGUUGCAGGUCAAAUGGAAGGAGUGUAUAGAACAUUUAAUGGAACACUAAUGUAAACAUGCGUGCUAGAGUGGGGAAGUGGUGCGCACCUUGUGGACAGCAACAGCAGUGAAGUGCCUUUUUAAUGUCCAGUCUGACUUCAAGUGAAGGGGAAACUAGUGUUGUCCCCCUGGAACCCAAGUAUUGUGUGAAUAUUGGUAUAUUUCUUCUAUAUGACAUUGCUUGUGUUAGUAGUGAACCAGCUGGACUGAAAUGGCUUUUAUGGAAGAUUAUGGUAAACAAUAAUUGAAGAGAUCUUAGGAGAAGUUUGCAAGCCUAUUAGUUGUAUACAUGUGAAAGAUAAGGUACACACAACCUCAAAUGUCCUCUCAUCUUACAAUUUAUGCUGUUCUAGUUAUAGUUAUAGUAAAUUUUGACCUAAAUUGAGUUGGUGGGACAUUUUAGCUGUGUGCUGUGGAAACAUCUAAAGAUUGUACCUUACUGGUAACAUAAUAACUUUUCAGACUUGAGUGAAGAAGUGAUUACAAAAUGCAAAACAAUCAAGUGGCCAAGCUUAAGCUCAUGUCUAAUUCUUGAAGAAGCUUGCUGCUAACUGUGAUUUACGUUAAAUGGACCUCUUGUAGAUAGCCAUGUUCUGUUUUAUUUUGCAUUCAGAUUGAGAAAUAGAGGAGUAUGUCUUUAGCUUUAAUGGCUUGUCAUUGUCAAGAAUGUUACCUGGUUUAUUGCCUUUUGAUUAUUGCAUGCUGAAUGUUGAGAGUUGUAAUUCCCCCAUUGCAUAUGCUCUUAAUAGGCAUUUAGACACACGUAAUAAACCACUUGUGUUGUGAGCUAUAGAUGAAAUAUUGCCUUGAAACAUUGUGCAUCAAACCAAAGUCCUCGGUUCUGGCAUGGAAAUUAAGUGUUGCACUGACAAGCUUUUUGUUGAUUGUUUUUUAAAUAAUUAGCUGCCUGUAAGAUAGCCUUGAAUAUUUCUAAUAAUAAGAAGUUAUGUUCCUUUAUUUGCCAAACGUUAAAAACACAAAUUAAAUUUUUGUUGCCUUGGAUAAUUUCCGAUGCCAUGUUUUUGCUGCUCACUAUCAUAAUGCCUUUUAUCUUUCACAUUCACUUAGGGGCAUUAGAGUCAGCCCAAGACAACAGGCCAGAGUUUUGCCUUAGCUGCAACAACACGCAAAGAUACAUUUUAAAAACACUUAAAAGGUACUCUAAGUAUCCACUGGUGAUUUGUGAGCUCUCUCCAUUUUGAAUAUCCCAGUUACAUUCCACAAAUUCACAGCAUCACAUGUUGACAAGUGGUGCCACAAAACAUCCCCAGCACCAUAGAGACCAAUUGUCGUAUCCACUGCAGCUACAAGUUACUCAGUCCCUUAUGGAGAAGUGCCUUAUUCAGUUAAAAUAGAGAAUGUAGAAUGUAAAAUGAUAUGCUACAACUAACACUUGUAUUAUAGGACUUGGCACUUUUAGAUUUAAAUGAUUUUGGUGUUGCUCAGUUUAUGGUCAUUGUUAAUUUCACUUUCACCAUGCGGUCCACUUGCAAGUUGUUUUGGUCGGAUCAUAAGUAUUAUACCUGUACAAGUGCAUCUCAAUAAAUUAGAAUAGAAAAAAAUUAUUGUAUGCCUAUACGUAUUUUAAUAUAAUAAAAACUACACCAUUUACAUUUAGUGAACAGAGUGAAGGAUUUCUUUUGAUUACGUUGAAUAAUCCUAAAUAUAUAAAACUGAGUAAAAUAUGUUCACAUUUUUCCAACAUAAUUUAUUGUGAUGCACAUGAAACUUACUUUUUUACUUAUUAAACUCAUUUGCAAUAUUAUCACACUUCCAAUGGUACUACUCCAUAACGUUCACUUUUUCUGUGUAGUACAAUGUGUUAAUUCACACGGGCAUGUCCAGUUUGUAUGGUCAAAACCCAUUUUAGUGUGUUGAUUUGUAUUUCCCUGGUACAAUCUCUAGGCCCAAAUAUGACAUUCACAGCCAUAUGUGUGGAAUACAGAUCCCACAAUGCCUCCUGGUUCUGCUUUAUUUGAGAUUUCCAUAUAUCUUCUAAAUGAUUGCCCUUUUUGUUUUAAUGUUGCUUAGUUUGACAAUGUUGAAUCAUUAAAGUUGAAUAUUGUAAAACA